AUGUCAGCGGCAGAGGAAUCUCCAGCCCAGCGGGCGGCUCGCCUUCGCCGUGAGCGCCGCGAAGCUAAGAUUAAAGCAGAUGGCUCCGCGAGGCUUGACAAGAUCACCAGCCUCAGUGGACGGACACCUGCAAGCACAUUGAGAGAGGAUUCUCCCCCUUCGCUUUCCGAUUCAUCUCCAACUCCCGGACACCGCCCACAAACACUGUCGAAAUCAUCAUCUCCUUUACCUCCACCGCCCAAUGUUGAAGAUCAGGCCCCCGAAAAUCUCAAAGCGCAGGAAGAGUAUCUGCGAGCUUUUUUACGCUCACAACAGCCAUUGGACCAACCGUCUCCUACUCAAGAUCCAGCAAACUUACUAGGCAGCUUAUUCGGGGGAGGAUCAGGUGACAACGACACAUUCUCCGGAGAUGGACCAGCGUUUAAGCUAGCCGAUAUUGCCUCUGCCUUUGGUGUUCCCCCAUCCAUAUCCACGUUCUUCUUUAAUGGGGAUUCGCAACCUGCUUCGCCGGGGGAGCAGCGGAUUGCGUCUAUCUGGAAGCUUAUGCAUGUGGUGUUCUCUCUAGCAAUAGGCAUAUAUUUGCUCAGCCUGUUCCUGUCCUCAGUUUCGACGUACGGAACGAAUCCGCCGCCUCCCGCAACUGCGCAAAAUCCCUUUAUACUUUUUUUGACAGGGGAGGUUGUGCUGAGUGGGACUCGAGCUCUGACUAGUGCUACAGAAGGCCAACUCAGGAAUGCACGAGCUUGGAUACAAAUACUGGGGAAGCUGGUGCGGGAUGGGAGAAUUGCAGUAUUUGUCCUUGGUGCUGGAAUGUGGUUGCUUGGCGAGGAGGAAUUUGCAGUUAAGUCAUGA